GGAUCUCUUGCUGUCUGUGGCGCUUGGCCAGGUACUCUCCCUCCUUAUCUGUGGCAUUGGUCUCACAAGCAAGUAUUUGUCAGAAGAUUUCCAUGCCAACACACCUGUUUUUCAGAGCUUCCUCAAUUAUAUCCUUCUAUUCUUGGUCUACACAACAACACUAGCUGUCAGACAAGGAGAAGAAAACUUGCUGGCAAUUUUGAAAAGGAGAUGGUGGAAGUACAUGAUCCUGGGAAUAAUAGAUAUAGAAGCCAAUUACCUGGUAGUCAAAGCUUAUCAAUACACCACUCUUACUAGUGUACAGCUCCUAGACUGUUUUGUCAUCCCAGUGGUGAUACUGCUCUCCUGGUUCUUCUUACUGGUACGAUACAAGGCAGUACAUUUCAUUGGCAUCGUGGUCUGCAUUCUGGGCAUGGGAUGCAUGGCAGGAGCUGAUGUCCUCGUUGGGAGACAGCAAGGAGCAGGUGAAAAUAAACUGAUAGGGGAUCUCUUAGUACUGGGCGGAGCAACGUUAUACGGCAUCUCAAAUGUUUGUGAGGAGUAUAUCGUCCGAAAUCUGAGUCGAGUGGAAUUCCUGGGCAUGAUCGGACUCUUUGGCUCCUUCUUCAGCGGAAUUCAACUUGCAAUCAUGGAACACAAAGAGCUGUUGAAAGUUCCCUGGGAUUGGCAAAUAGGCUUGUUGUAUGUUGGGUUUAGCGCCUGUAUGUUUGGCCUCUACAGCUUUAUGCCGGUGGUCAUAAAAUUCCUCUUCCACUACAAGUUUUCAGGACUUUACUUGUUGUCAUUCUUCACUAUCCUUGUUGGGCUGGUGCUCUACUCCUCCACGUCCACCUACAUAGCCCAGGAUCCUCGGGUGUACAAGCAGUUUCGAAACCCUUCAGGACCUGUUGUAGACCUGCCAGCCACCAGCCAGCUGGAGCCUUCAGUAACAUACACCAGCCUGGGGCAGGAGACAGAAGAGGAGCCUCACGUUAGAGUUGCUUAAACCCAGGGCUGUUGAUCACCUACUGAUGAUUCAGUGGAGCUCGUAUAUCCAUUAUCUCUGUAUUGUACAUAGAGAAAGGUAUUUACCAGGUGCAGUUACACCAGUGAGCUGCAAGGUAGCAAAUAAGGAAAGCUCAUAAAAAUACAAAUUAUUUGUUCCAGGGUGUUCAUUGCAAGGAGAUGCCAGUCCCUCAUUUACAAUAUGAGCAGCAUGUUUGCAAUACAAACUGCUGUAUAUCAAUCAGUUAAUGUCAAACUACCUGUGAAAGAUAUUCAAUAUAUAAGCUGAAAUUACAAAAAGAUAUUCAUAGAAGGGUGUUUUUGCACCCACUGAGCGAUAUUAUGCCUAAGCCACACCAGUUGUGGAAAAGCCGCCUUUUUACAGCAAAUACACUUGUGCAGUCACUGUUAAUUUCUCUCUUAAGAUUUGUUUGUUUGCACAAAAUAGAUGGUAGUGAUACCCUGACACAUUUUUGCUCGCACCUUGGAUUUGGCGAGGGAAAGACAAUGAAUUUAUCUGUGCCAUCUGUCUAGUUGCCCUUUCUAGGUAAUCUGUUCCAUGAAUCCAGAGGAGGGACAACUUACAAUAUCCGUCUCUAUUCUAGGAAUAGGUAUAAAGCGAGCAUUUUAGCCUUUCUAUAUUUGCAGAAGUGAAGUACUCAAGCAUUGACCUCUCUAUGAUCCAUGGCAGAUUUCCUAGCGGCUGAGGUUCUGCAUCAGGUGACAGGGAGUUAGUUUCUCUGUAGUCGUGACUUAAUGCAGAUUUCUUACUUUUUAAAUUUUAAUCUGUAAAAACCACAUUUUCUAGUUUCCUAUGUAUUGUACCUCUCCAUGGUAAGAUGACAUAGCAUGUGGAUCAGGGCACUUAUUUUAGAUACUCAGUGCAUCCAGGGCACCUUCUGCUGUUCUAGUUUGCUUAGUCUCCUGUGGUUCACUAUUCUAACAAUAGUGAUUUAGAAAUGUGUCAGUUUUUCACCAAAACCCACAAAUUGUAAAAAUCAGGCAGAU